AUGGAACCAGAGCCGUCCCCUACCGCUCUCCUCAAGGCUAUCACAGCCCUCACAGCCACAGUCGGGUCCCUGCAGGACCAAAUCCGCGCCCAAAGCCAACAAAUCACUGAGCUUAGGGCCAUAUGCAAGGAAACAGCGGACCUCCUUGGGGAUAAGGAUCAAGGAGCCCCCCAAACCAAGCCUGGCCCAUUGACUGGGCCUGUCACUCCCCCUACCCACACAGGAGGAGAAGCCCACACUCCAGGCACGGUUAGACCUGGGCUCAAGGCCCCAUUCAGGCCAUCAAGAGGAACGGGAUUUGAUUCCAAGGAAGACAAAGAACCAAGGCACCCCAAAAAGGAGCCUCAAGGAACGCCUAGAAGGCACCUUGGGUCACUUACCCCCUUUGAUGCUGGGUCCAGCGUAAAGAGACCCAAGAUGGACCUCCCUGACCCAUACAAGGGAGACACCAGGGGCUGCAAAGCCACCCAAUGGCUGGAUAGAAUGAUGCUCUGGGUAGCCCUCCACCGGGACCAAUUUGAUGAGGAGGAGCAGAUGGUUGUGUGGAUCCUUUACCACAUGACCAAUAAGGCCGCAGACUGGGCGCUCCCCAUUAUUGGGGCAAUCAUCAAGGGCAAAGGAAACCCCCCUACCACCAUCCAGGCCCUAACGGGCAAAUUCAAGGAGGCGUUUGCUGAUCCAGAUGCCAAGAGGGCUGCUGCCAGGAAAAUUGCGGCACUCUCCCAAACCACCACAACCUCUGAGUACGUCACAGAGUUCCGCAAUCUCAUGGCGGAAUUAGACUGGAAUGAGGAAGCCUACAUCGCGCAGUUCAUGCAAGGCCUCCACUGGAAAGUGAAGGAAUUGCUAUCAACCAAAGAUAGCGUUCCUGACAAACUUGAAGCAAAUUUUGCGGCUUCCAUAAAAAUUGACAACAUUUGCCGCAAAAAUGAGGAGAACCGCCCAAAGAAGGCGCCCGCCAAGUCCCUGGUCACUGCAACCACCACCUCCACUACCACCACUCAACGGGUCCGACUAUCAGAGGACCCCAAUUACGUUACCCCGGAGGAAAGGGACCGUUGCCGCGCGUCUGGCCUUUGUGUCAAGUGCGGUCAAAAGGGGCAUGGCAUCAAACAGUGCCCUAAUGGUUGGAAGGCAACUAUCAAGGAAGUUGCCAAGCCCCCAACCAAAAAAAUGGACAAUCUAGAUAGUGUAGAAUUUGUAUCUCUUGCUCUAGACUCAAAUAAAAAACCUCUAUUAUUCAUUGAUCUAUAUGUCCAAAAAUUCCCGGCAGAACCCCUCAAAACCCUCAUUGACUCCGGAGCCACAUCAAAUUUCAUUUCCCCCUUGAUUGUGGAAAAAUAUAAAAUACCAAAAACCCAACUCAAAAACCCACGAGUUGUGAGAAUGUUAGAUGGUACAAUUUCACAGACUGGUUGCAUAUGGCACCAGGUUCAACUUGCGGUCUUGGCCAAUGGCCACCCCCACACUAUUCCUUUCCUUGUUUGCCCCAUAGGCAACACACCGGCUAUUCUAGGCAUGACAUGGUUAACAGCAGAAGCUCCUUUGAUUGAUUGGCAACAGGGACUAGUCACCUUCCCUGAACAAGUUCAAAUUGCCUCUGAAGAAGAAGCGGACUCAGACCCUUUAGCAGACCUCCCCCCUCAGUACCAUGAGUUUGCUAAAGUCUUUGGCAAAGAAGAAUUUAAGGUCCUCCCUCCACAUAGGGAGUAUGACAUCUCUAUAGACCUUGUCCCGGACACCAAACUGACCCCUGGCCCCAUAUACGGCAUGACGGAUGCGGAAUCUAAGGCGUUGAAACAACACAUCAACAAGGAAUUGGCAAUGGGCAAGAUUUGCCCCAGCACCUCAUCUGCCGGCGCUCCCGUCAUGUUUGUAAAGAAGGCAGAUGGCUCACUAAGAUUGGUAGUUGACUAUAGGAAGCUAAAUGACGUCACGCACAAGAACGUUUAUCCGCUCCCUAGGCAGGACAACCUCAUGGCUAAACUCAGACACGCCAAAGUAUUCACCAAAUUGGACUUACGCUGGGGAUACAAUAAUGUUUGGAUCAAGGAAGGCAAUGAAUGGAAAACAGCCUUCAGAACCAAAUAUGGCCUAUUUGAAUACUUAGUCAUGCCAUUUGGUCUCACAAACGCCCCUGCCACUUUCCAACAUUUCAUGAAUGACCUAUUCAGGGACCUCAUUGAUGUCACUGUGGUUAUUUACUUGGAUGACAUACUGAUCUUCUCAGAAGACCCCAAAGACCACCCAACCCAUGUAAGGGAAGUCCUGUCACGGCUACUAAGGAACCAACUGUUCUGUAAACUCUCCAAGUGUCACUUUCACGUCACCACAGUAGACUAUUUGGGCAUUGUCAUAUCCCCUGCUGGCUUCUCCAUGGACCAGAAGAAGAUUGAAGCAGUCACAUCUUGGCCACAGCCCAGAACGGUCAAACAGGUCCAGGCUUUCUUAGGGUUUGUCAACUACCUCCGCCGGUUCAUCCCCAAUUUCAGCUUGGUAGCACGCCCCCUCCACAAUCUCACAAGGAAGGAAUCCCCAUGGUCUUGGGGGAACCAGGAAGAAGAGGCGUUUGAGGAAUUAAAGACCCUAGUCACCAGGUCCCCGGUCCUAAUACACUCCAACCCAGCACUGCCUUAUUAUUUAGAGACAGAUGCAUUGGGAGUUGCCAUGGGAGCUAUUCUAAGUCAAAGAGGAUCAGAUAACCGGUUGCACCCCAUUGCCUAUAUGUCAAAAUCCUUCUCAGGUGCCAAAGCCAACUACAACACCCAUGACAAAGAGCUUCUGGCAAUUAUCAAGGCUUUAGAGGAAUGGCGCAUUUUCUUGGAGGCAACCAAUAAACCGGUACAAGUGUUCACCGACCACCGCAACCUCGAGUACUGGAUGCAGGCAAGGACAUUCAACCGGCAACAUGCAAGAUGGCGCAUAUUCCUGAGUGAUUUCAACUUCAAAAUCCACUACCGCCCAGGAAAACAGUCAGGGAAACCGGAUGCACUGUCCAGAAGGUCCAAUUACGUAGAUAUACCACCGGAACCAGAAGUCAUGUUACCAGCAGAGGUCUUUGCCAAUACAUCAGAGGAGGAAGUGGAGAUUAUCACAGAAAUUUGUUCAAAACUCAGAGAAGAUCCAUCACUUGAACCCAUCAUUAAAUUCCUGACCAAAGAUGCCAAUAACGCUCCCCCAACCAUCCGCAAAGCCUAUCAAGAUUAUGACUGGGAAGAGGACCUCCUAUGGUACCAUGGGAAACUAGUUGUCCCAGACUCAGAACCCAUCAAGGAAAGACUAAUGAGGGAAUUCCACGACUCCCCUUUGGCAGGCCACCCAGGGCAACAAAGGACACUAGAAUUAGUUAGCAGAACCUACUGGUGGCCCGGAAUGAAGUCCUCAGCCAAGGAAUGGGUUGAAUGCUGCCCGGUAUGCCAAGCCAACCAACAAGCCCACGCCCCUGUUAUUGCUCUGAAACCCCUGGAAGUCCCACCAUUCCCCUUCCACACCAUCUCAUAUGACUUCAUUACGGGGUUUCCCAAAUCAAACAGGCACAACGCAAUCCUAGUGGUCAUUGACUCCUUUUCAAAAUUUGGACACUUUAUCCCAACCUCAAAGAAGGUGACAGCCAAGGGCCUGGCGGAUCUAUUUGUCAGCCACGUAUGGAAGUUGCAUGGGCUACCAAUCAGGACCAUCUUGGAUAGAGGCACCACGUUCACAGGAAAAUUCCUUAGGGCCCUCUAUCAAAGAUUAGGGAUCAAGCCAUUGUUUUCCUCAGCCUACCACCCAGAGUCAGAUGGUCAGACGGAGCGAGUGAACCAGUUCAUCAAAUUCUACCUCCGUUCCUACGUGACCGCGGACCAUUUGGACUGGUCCACGUGGUUGCCUUUGGCAGAAUAUGCGUACAACAAUGCCAAACACGCGUCCACAGGGAAGACACCUUUUGAGCUGGUCUAUGGAAAAAAUCCGGUGAUGAAUCCCUCCAACGUGCCAUCCAAUGUGCCGGAGGCGGAUCAGUUAGCAGACACCUUGGCCAACAAAUGGAAGGAAGCCAAAUCCGCUCUCAGAAUGAGCAAGGAAAAAAUGGUCAGGGACAAAGGAACAAUACCUACGUAUUUGAUUGGCGAGAAGGUCUGGCUAAAUGGGAAGAAUGUGGAACUAAGGACCAAUUCCAAUAAACUGGACCCAAAGAGAUUAGGCCCUUUUGAAGUCUUAGAAAAGAUUUCCAGUCACGCAUAUUGCCUAAAACUGCCGGAAACUCUGAAGAUCCACAAUGUAUUCUACGUGGGGCUAUUAUCCAAGGUCCAUGAAUCUCCUAGCCAACCAUUUCCAGAACGUCCCCCUCCAGAAACAAUCAAAGGGGAAGAAGAAUACGAGGUGGAACAGAUCAUUGACUCCAAGAGGCAACAAGGAAAGUGGUUCUACUUGAUAAAGUGGAAGGGCUAUGGACCAGAAGAUAACUCGUGGGAGCCGGAAGAACUCCUGGAACACAGCCAGGAGGAAAUUCAACGCUUCAACAAGUCACAACUGAAAAAGGCUUGUGACUCCGCCAAGAGCCUUUAA